CUAGAAUCCUUCAUCAAUACGCACUCGUUACAUAGUGUAAAUCAUUCCGUCGUGGUUGUACGCACCUUGACACACCUUGACACACCAUGGACCGGAUACUCACAGUCCCAUGCCAGCCCUUUGAGCUACGACUAUCUCACUGGGACAGAAUCUACCCAGCAGGUCACUCGAAGCGGAUCUUGUGCUUCUCGCUUCCUCCGCAGCACGACAAGGAGCAGCUUGUGCGAUAUCUCCACACAGCCUUCCAACGCACCGUCAAACGCGUGCCUUUUCUGGCAGGAUCCAUCGUCCCCUUUCCGCCAGAUCAAGGAGGCCGGCCGUGGCUUCGCAACCUAGUACCCGAGGGCGCCGCUCAUCUCGUCAUCAAGGAUCUUUCUUCCGAGCUCAGCUGGUCGGAGCUCGUCAAAGCCAACUUCUCACAGCACCUACUAGACACAGAUCAGCUGUGCCCGCUGCCAAAGGCGGCCUACGUCCAAGAUGACCCGGUCGACGUUUGCCAGUUUCAGGCCAAUUUUAUCGAGGGCGGCCUGCUGUUAGUUGUUUCCAUCGUCCACAUCGCCGCCGACGGCAGGGGUGUGACCGAGAUUAUCAAUAUCUUCGCUGAGCAGCUGCGCAAGGCGCAAUUGGAUUCCGGCAAUGAGCCUCUACAAGCAGGGAACGAUGUAGUGUAUCGCUCGGAUCGCAUGGCAUUGGUCUCGGGAAACGGUGUGCCCGGGACCCUCGAGAAUCAUGGGGCAUGGACCUCGGAUGCGGUCAACUCGCAUGCUCAAAUCGCCGACGUGCCGAAUUCUUGUAGGAUGUUCUGCAUCACGGCGGGCGGCCUCGCGAAGCUCAAGCAGUUGGCGGCGAAAGCCUCGACGGGUCCUGAUGAGUGGCUGUCAACGAACGAUGUCAUCUCCGCCUUCAUCUGGCGCAGCAUCAUGGUCGCUCGUAACCGUGCGGGAAUUCUCCCAACAGACGGCACGUCUUCGGUCGUUCAGCCAAUCGAUUGCCGUGCCCACCUCGGACUUCCUCAACCCUUCUUCGGCAAUGCUCUAUAUAUGACCAAGUCAUCCCUGUCGCUGCAGAAGCUAGCGGACCCGGAGCGAGGACUCGUCGAGGCCGCUCGCCUACUACGGUCCGCAAUUCAGAGUGUGAAUGCGGACAAGUUUCGCGAUCUGGUAGGCUAUGCGACAAGGACGGAGUUAGAGUCGGGCAUCCGUCUGAAUAUCUACGAGGAGUUACCCAUCGGGGGUAUCAUAUUGACGAGCCACUUCAAGUUUGAUCUGCACGGGCUUGACUUCGGCCCAGCAUUUUCUCAGGAUGGUAAUGGUCAUAUGCAGACACUUCGACUGCCCGCCCAGGGCACUCAAGCGGGAAUCGUCAUCAUUAUGCCGAAACUGACGGACGGGAGCUGCGAGUUCAUGGUCACCGAGUCCGACAGCACUCUGUCUGCUCUAGAGCGCGAUGACGAGUUCAAGAAGUACACGGAUGCUAGAUAUAUCGUGUCUGUCCCGGAAGUGCAAAGUGUUGCAGAAGCUACGGCCUUGACCAACAGAGAUGUGCCGUCUCUAGUCGACAACAUCACGGCCCAGCAUCCCGUUGACGGAGAUCAGAAGAUGUCUUUCGUUAAGAUCACUGAGAUCCCCACACCCUCUCCCAGUCAAAGUAUGCCCAGCGUCAGAGUGCGACAGACAAUAUGCGUAAAUGAUGUUGAAGCAACACACAUGGGCAUAAUCAGGAUCAUAAACCUUAACCGACCAAAAGCCAAAAACGCACUAUCAUCCCAGAUGCUCCAGGAGUUGAGCGAUGAGAUCAAAGAGAUACACACCGACAGCGGUCAGAUCCGGGCUUUAAUCAUCGCAAGCGCUGCAGACGACGUGUUCUGCGCGGGCGCAGACCUGAAGGAGCGCAAGACCAUGAGCCGCUCCGAAACCCAAGCAUUUCUGGGCACGAUGCGAGACGUGUUCUCUCGACUGGAGACUAUUCCCAUGCCCUCUAUCGCCUGUCUCUCCGGCCUCGCCCUUGGAGGUGGCCUUGAACUCGCGCUCUGCUGCCAUAUGCGCAUCUUCUCUAGCAAUGCCGUCGUGGGUCUGCCCGAAACGCGGCUAGGCAUUAUUCCUGGUGCUGGUGGCACGUACAGGCUGCCCAAGAUUGUGGGCUCGGCAGUCGCUCACGAUCUGAUACUGACAGGUCGUAUGAUGUCGGCUGGCGAGGCAUAUACCCGUGGUCUCUGCACGCGCUUCGUGGCUGGGAGUGAAGACGAGUUGCCGGCGCUGAGCGCUGCAGAGAAGCGAGCCUUGACGCUUGAUGCCGGUAUUGCUUUAGCCAAGGAAAUCACGGGUGGAGGGCCAGUUGCUAUCAGAGCUGCUGUCGGGGCGCUUUCGUAUUCAUGUGAAGCUGUGGAGAAUGCUUCGUAUGAGGUUGUCCUUAGGACCAAGGAUCGAUCGGAGGCUCUUAAGGCUUUUGCAGAGAAGCGAUCCCCUGUGUUCACGGGGGAGUAAGACUAGGAGUUACCCGUUGCCACACGUCAUCACCGAAUUGCAAUGGGCAUGCAAUUAUGUGCGAUCACAUACGGCUUGUUUUGACUCAAUAGAUUGCGCCGAUGUUGAAGUU